AUGGCUACAUCGGAUGGACUAGACGGCUGUCUGCAACGAGGCAGAUCUCAAAGUGACCCGAACAUACUCACCGAACCGGGCAUCGAUUUGGCUCAUGGCACAGUAGAGCUGGUGGACCAGCAGAGGGUGCUCAGAACAGGCUGCCUGGUGACGGGCGUUCACACUCCACCCAUCCGACGCAACAGCAAGCUGGCCACCCUGGGGCGGAUCUUCAAGCCCUGGAAGUGGAGGAAAAAGAAAAACGAGAAGCUCAAGCAGAGUUCCACAGAUGUAGCAUUGUCCAGCGGGCUUCUGUGCCACGACCCCGGCUCUCCCACCCAGGGCUGCUGCUCCGAUGGCGCAGUCUUGCUCGGAGGAUUUGGGGGCUCUUUAAAUCAAAACCUCACAGUCAGCAGUGUGGAAUAUCUGGGUCCCGAGGAGGAGCUUACCCCACCAGUAGCUGCACCUCUCCAGGAUUCUGAACCAGUGGAAGAGAAUGGCCCUCCACCGGAGGAGGGGGGGGACGAGGAGGCGCACCCGGCUGGGGAUGUACCCGAGGGGCUGCAGGACACGGGGGAACUGAUGGAAGAAAGAUCUGAGGAGGAGAUUCCUCCAGGGACCUCCCCGCCACAAGUACCUCCAAAACUGUUGCCCCAGUUGAGUGCUGGAGAUGAUUCAGGACCCGUGUCGCUCCCUGCUCAUCUGCCCAACUCCUACCUCCCCAAGGAGCCUCCACCCAGGGCCACAGAGAGCCUGGCCUCGAUGACGCUCCCGCUAAGAGGGCCUCUGAGCAACCCGUCAGGGUCCCCUCAUCUAGCCAACAUCAUGCACCCUCCCAUGCCCCCCAGCUGUAUCAUGGAGGAACUGCAGAGAGCCUUCGCUUCCAAAAACAGGCAGGAAAGUGUCCACAACGGGUGUGAGCAGGGCUCCCCCCAACGACUGUGGUGUUCCGACGGCCGACUCUCGCGCUCCUGCAGCUCCGAGAACCAACACACACCGUCCUCGGGGGGCGUCUGUGGGGUAGUUGGGGGAUCCGACUGGCCCAAGAAGGAAGCGGAGGAGAACAAAGAGAACGUACGGCUGGACCAGUGCUUCUCGAACACCUCAGGCCUCCCGUUUGACCUGGACGGCUGGAACGAGUCGGUCAUUUCCGGCACACUUCCUCGCAGGCUAAGGAAGGAGUUACUAGCCGUUAAACUACGAAACCGGCCCAGCAAGCAGGAACUGGAGGACAGAAACAUCUUCCCAGCACGGAGUGACCAGGAGCGACAGGAGAUUCGCCAGCAGAUCGAGAUGAAACUUGCCAAGAGGCUGAGCCAGAGACCGAACGUGGAGGAGCUGGAGAGUCGGAACAUUUUGAAACAGAGAAACGACCAGACGGAACAGGAGGAGAGGAGGGAGAUCAAACAGCGGCUGAACAGAAAGCUCAACCAGCGGCCGACGGUGGAUGAGCUGCGGGACAGAAAGAUUCUGAUCCGCUUCAGCGACUACGUGGAGGUGGCCAAAGCUCAGGACUACGACAGAAGAGCAGACAAGCCCUGGACCCGCCUGUCAGCAGCAGACAAGGCUGCCAUCAGAAAAGAGCUGAACGAGUUCAAGAGCACCGAGAUGGAGGUGCACGCCUCCAGCAAACACCUAACCAGGUUAGUACUCUGA